AAGGAGUCAGCCAAGGAGAAGCAGCUGAAAGAGGAAGAGAAGAUCCUGGAGAGUGUGGCAGAGGGCCGAGCUUUGAUGUCGGUGAAGGAGAUGGCAAAGGGCAUCACCUAUGAUGAUCCGAUUAAAACCAGCUGGAGAGCACCUCGUUACAUCCUGGGCAUGUCGGAGGCACGGCAUGAUCGUGUGCGCAAGAAGUACCACAUCCUGGUGGAGGGGGAAGGCAUCCCGCCCCCCAUCAAGAGCUUUAAGGAGAUGAAGUUCCCAGCAGCGAUCCUGAGGGGCCUGAAGAAAAAGGGAAUCCAGCAGCCAACACCCAUACAGAUCCAAGGCAUCCCCACGAUCCUCUCGGGAAGGGACAUGAUUGGCAUUGCAUUCACUGGCUCUGGGAAGACCUUGGUGUUCACCCUCCCGGUGAUCAUGUUCUGCCUGGAGCAGGAGAAGAGGCUACCGUUUUCCAAGCGAGAGGGACCCUAUGGACUCAUUAUCUGUCCCUCGCGGGAGCUGGCCCGGCAGACCCAUGGCAUCAUUGAGUUCUACUGUCGCCUACUGCAGGAGGACGGCCUGCCCCCACUGCGCUGUGCCCUCUGCAUCGGGGGCAUGUCUGUUAAGGAGCAGAUGGAGACAAUCAAACAUGGUGUACACAUGAUGGUGGCAACCCCUGGCCGCCUGAUGGACCUGCUGCAGAAGAAGAUGGUGAGCCUGGACAUCUGCCGUUACUUGGCCUUGGACGAAGCUGACAGGAUGAUUGAUAUGGGCUUUGAGGGGGACAUCCGUACCAUCUUCUCGUACUUCAAGGGCCAGCGGCAGACCCUCCUCUUCAGUGCCACAAUGCCCAAGAAGAUCCAGAACUUUGCCAAAAGUGCCCUGGUGAAGCCCAUCACCAUUAACGUUGGGCGAGCAGGUGCUGCCAGCCUGGAUGUUGUGCAGGAGGUGGAGUAUGUGAAAGAGGAGGCCAAGAUGGUGUACCUCCUCGAGUGCCUGCAGAAAACCCCGCCGCCCGUGCUGAUCUUCGCAGAGAAGAAGGCGGAUGUUGAUGCGAUCCAUGAGUACCUGCUGCUUAAGGGUGUGGAAGCUGUGGCCAUCCAUGGAGGGAAAGAUCAGGAGGAACGGACAAAAGCCAUUGAGGCCUUCCGGGAUGGGAAGAAGGAUGUCCUGGUUGCCACUGAUGUUGCUUCCAAGGGCCUGGACUUCCCAGCCAUCCAGCAUGUCAUCAACUAUGACAUGCCAGAGGAGAUUGAGAACUAUGUUCACCGUAUCGGGCGUACAGGCCGUUCAGGCAACACUGGCAUUGCCACCACCUUCAUCAACAAGGCCUGCGAUGAGUCGGUGCUGAUGGACCUGAAGGCCCUUCUCCUGGAGGCGAAGCAGAAGGUGCCGCCUGUGCUCCAGGUGCUGCACUGCGGGGAUGAGACCAUGCUGGACAUCGGAGGUGAGCGGGGCUGCGCCUUCUGCGGCGGCUUGGGCCAUCGCAUCACCGACUGCCCCAAGCUGGAGGCGAUGCAGACCAAGCAAGUCAGCAACAUCGGCCGCAAGGACUACCUGGCCCACAGCUCUAUGGACUUCUAGCCUGGGGUGUAUGCUGCCCUGCACUCCUCCUGUGCA